AUGUCCUUCUCGGAAGUUGCAGGUCCCGUAGAAACCAUGUCUGUUUCUUCUCAGAUCCUUAGUAUGCGUGGUGCUAAUAACGCCAAAUUCGAGGGCCACCCCCUAGGGAUGUCGUUUACGCAACCCAAUCAAGCAUCGUGGCGCUUCGUCCUAGUCCUCAGCCUUUUAUUCUCCACCUUACUCAGUCUCUUCAUCUUUGCACUGCCAGAAAGUCCUCGCUGGCUAUGCAAACAGGGCAAGUGGGACGAGGCUCGGGAGAUCUUGACUCUUUUGCAUAAUGACGAUCCUGACUUCGAAGAGAUUACCCAACAGCUCGAAGAUAUUAGAAUAUCACUUGAGCGGGCUGGCAAUGCCAGCAUCCUCGUGAUGUUCAAAAUGGGACCACAACGAAGCCUUCAUCGCGUCAUCCUCGCUGCCGUUCCUCAAAUGUUUUUACAAAUGAGUGGUGUCAACGUUAUCGCACAAUAUACUCCUGUCGUCUUCGAGCAGUUUUUGGGCUUCAACGCAUUUGAUUCUGGGAUUCUGGCUGCAGCUUCCCAGUUUGCAGUCAUCCUCGGCGCUAUCUGCUGCUCCUGGACAGUCGAUCGAGUUGGUCGACGGAAACUGAUGCUGAUCAGUGCGACUAUGAUGUCCAUAUGUUUCGCCUGUCUGUCGGGUCUACUAGCCCAUCCUGAAAACCAUACUGGGAUUAAGGCUGCUGCGUUCUUUAUAUACUUCUAUCUAUUCGUUUAUGUCCUUGGUUUCCUUGGGAUUCCAUUCCUCUAUGCAAGUGAGGUCGCGGUGACUCAGUUUCGAGCACCAACAACUGGACUAUCUACUGCGGUAUCCUGGCUAUUCAACUUCAUUGUCGCCGAAGUCACUCCGGUGGGAUUCGCUAAUAUUGGCUGGACAUAUUUCCUGGUGUACUGUUGUAUCAAUGCGGUAUGCGUGCCGACGAUUUAUUUCUUCUCCCCCGAAACAGCUGGACGCUCACUCGAGGAAAUCGAUGAGAUCUUCCUAUCAUCAAACUCAAUCUUCGACACCGUUACCGUGGCAAAAGAACUGCCAAAGCACGAACAUCGUGGGGUGUGCGCAGACGAAGAAGGCAAAGAGACUUCCAGUGAAGCUGUCCAUAUUGACCAUAUGGAAAUAAUGGGAAGAACAGAUCGAGUGGCAGAACCGAAUAUGCGGUUUUCGCUGUGUUUCCAGUGA